UCCAAUCUCCCAACAACCAAUUAAACUAUCUGCAUAUGCGGAUGACGUCACGGUCCUAAUUAGAGGUGAAGGUGAUGUUGAAGAGGUAAAAUGCGCUCUUGAGUGCUAUGGAAAGGCAUUAUCAUAUAAAGAUAACUGGCUUAAAAGUGACGCUGCGUGAUGUGGCAGAGUCACUGAAAGUCCAUUACUUCCCGGUGGCCUGCAUUGGGGAAGGGCAGGUUUUAAAUAUCUGGGAGUUUUUGGGGGACAAAUGAGUAUAGACAACAAAAUUGGGAGGGCCUGCUGGAGAAAAUACGUGCGCGACUGUCUCGUUGGAAAUAGUUGAUGAUAAAGUUGUCAUACAGGGGAAGGGUGCUGGUAUUUAACAACCUCAUAGCCUCUUCCCUUUGGCACAGAACAAUGAUCCUGCAGCCUCCAGAAGAUCUCGUGAGGCAAAUACAGAGAUUGGCUAAAGGCACCAGUGCUGUAUCUACCCAGACAAGAAGGAGGACAAGGCCUAGUAGAUGUUGGGUCCAGAGUGAAGACAUUCAAACUCCAAGUGGCUCAGAGACUUCUCUACAGGCAGGAUGUGAGCUGGGCUGGGAUAGCGUGCACCUUACUGAGGAAAUCAGUCGUGUUUUUCAACAUUGUCCUUCCUGCAUCUUCCUGAUAGAUCUGCUUUACUGAGUAAUGGAUCCCAUUCCUAAAUUCAAAAGGAACUACCUUCUCUGUCCUGUCUGCAAGAAGACCUGGGACUGCCUGUCAGUGCAUCUGCACAGAGUCUGCAUGAAGACCGAUCCUGAAGAAGCCAUUGAAGCAGUAGUGGAGAGGGCGACGGCGGAAAUGCGUGUGCUUCUGGCAAAAGGCAGGGUGAUUAAUUACGACCGGCUGGGUCAGAUUUUGGGCUCUGCUGACCCAAUGAGCAGGCUGAUUGAGGAACUGGAGAGUCGCUUUUUGGUGGUGACCGAUGUGCCCCCAGCACUACCUACUACCAGUGCAAGGGCAGAGCCUUCCUCCUCCAGAGCCACACAGCCAACAGAGUUGGACAGUGAACAGUCAGAGAGCUCCUGUCAGCGGUGGAAGAGCAGUUUUGAGACCUUUCAAUGUAACCCUGGUGUGCAGUGGACCAACCCGGGAAGAAAGCUGAUGGCAGAGAAGGGGCUUUACAAGAAGCACUCUAUCGACCAUGCAUUGCUGAAGGGUUUUUCGUCAUUUUUGUGGAAAGACCUUCAAAACCCUAAACAGGAGGUUGAAAACGUUGCACGUUUUCUGUGUUACAUGGACCCACGGGCUCCGUCCCUGGAAUUUGUCAGACAGAGAGAAGACGCAGCAGUUUCUCAGGGAGCUGACUGAUGUGGGGCUUUCAAAGCAGACUCAACUUAUCUACAUGAAAAACCUGAAAAGAUUCCUCACCUACCAGACCAUCAACACCAACCUGAGGCAUGAUGACAAGGACCUGCAUACAGACUGUAGGGAGUUCAUAGACUACCUCGGACUGCUGCAGAAGAGCUGCAGUGAGAAGGUCAGCGAGGAGAUUACCCAAAA